UUCAUCAAGAUUUUUUGAACAAUACAUCCAAAACUCAUUAACAUUUUUAAGAAGAUUACACCAUCAUUCUUUCUUUUUUUCCACCUAACUUCACUUCAAAAUGGUUAUUUUUGCUUCUCUUCAAGGCCUUCAUGGUUCUCUUCUAAGAUCCCAAUUCCUAGGCCAAGAUCAUCAUCAUCUUCUUGUCAUAAAAACAUCCAAAAGAACUCAUAGAAACCUAACUUGUCAACCACAAAUAUGUGCUGAAUUCAACAUACUAAAAAUGAUGGGAGGAAGAGGACUAUGCAAUGGAGAAAAAGGAGUUGAAAAAGAGCUGAAGAGGAAAAUUGAUAAAGAGGAAACACCAUCAUCAUCAUCAUCAUCAUCAUCAUCAGUAUUAUCAUCAUCAAAUGAAAAAGUGCAAGAAAACUCAGAAAAGUUGGCUAGUGAUACUGUUGAAAUUCCAGAAGAUGGUUUUGAGAAGGAAAUGAUGGGGCUAACUGGAGGGUUUCCAGGUGGUGAAAAAGGUUUGAUCAAGUUCAUUGAGGAGAAUCCACCUAGAAAAAUUUCUCAAACUUUUAGUGUUGAAGAAAGAAAUCAAAGUCUUGUUGAAGAACCCAAAACAUCAUAGUUCAAAUUAAUCUCUUUUCUUUUGUAGCAUCUAUGUACCUAUGAGAAAUCAAAAUGAGAAUUAACUAGUAUUAUUAUUAUUGUGACAAAUUGAAUUGAUCAUAGUGUUCUAUUUUUAUGAA